AUCGUGAAAGACGUGAAACAAGCACAAACAGUUCGCUGUUUGUGCGUUUGUGGGGGCGUGGCGUGAACUUCAACAACACGACGAUUAUGUGGUGAUUCCCCGAUUUCCCGACGAAAGGUGAUUUAGCUGAACGAGGGGUACGCCGAGGUGAACAGUGAAAAUAAUUGUCUGUGGUCUGUGUCUGUUUGACUUUUUCAUCGCUGCCUGCCUUUCCACUCGUCAACUGACUGAUUUAUUUCUUUCAAACUAACUGCCAUGGAGGAACUUCAACUUUUCAUAACUGAGCAACCAUGCAGCACUUUCUUAUUUAGAUAUUGUUCUGAAUUGAACGGCGCGCACGGACACAUUGCCGGCGAACACUCCAAGAAAUCCAACCGAACUCUACCCAAGGUCGCUCUUCGUGGCUGGAGCACCAAAGAGCCCGUGUUCAUUCGGUGCACCUUGGCUGCUGAUGACGACGAGAACCAUGAACACCCAAAUCUUCUGGUCAGAAAGUUGGAGAGAAAAAAGGAGGCAUACGAGCCACACUUGGUUGAAUUAAAUUUGGAGAACAACUGGGAGGCCGAAUUCAAAGUUGGGAUUAUUCAUAAGAAAAAGAAAGAUGCAGCUGAUAUUCUCACUGAGAAAAUAAUUCGUAGACGACAAGAAACUGGCAUGCCAAAGACUCUGACUUCUAAAGAGAAAAUAAAAAUCACCAGAGAAGCCAAAGACCAAGCUGCAACAGUUAAUUUAGAAUCUGUCAAAUUGAGAUUUGAAGCUGUUGAUGCCAAAAACUUGCCAAUUACUGGCUCCAAUGGACUGCCUUUGAUUGUGUUUUCACGGCCGAUCCGGAACCCAAAGUGUGCAGCUAAUAGAGAGCUAAAGAUCAUCAAGGCUAGUUUAACUGCAGGAUCUUGCAGAGGAAACAGUGAGGUGAUGCUGUUUGUUGAUAAGGUUGACAAAAAGGACAUCAAAGUCAGGUUCUUUCAAGAAGACGAGCAAGGAAUGAUCAUUUGGCAAGAUUUUGCCAAAUUUGACAAGGCAGAUGUCCAUCACCAAUAUGGCAUUGCUUUUAACACUCCUCCCUAUCAAGAUCAGAGCAUCGAAGGUGAUGUCGAGGUUAUGUUUGAGCUUUUUCGUCCGACGGAUGAUGAGAGAUCUGAACCUCUACCAUUUGUUUAUCGACCUGCUGAAGAAUGCCCUGGGAAGAAACGCAAAAUUGACAUUGACGAAGAUCUCAAUUUAGUAGCAUCUAAGACCACUAAUAGCCUUACCCAAUACUUCCAAGAGGUGUUUACUGAUACUCGUGCUUCACAAGACGACAGUGGAAUGGUAUCCAGCACAAACCAAUACCAAUUUGCGGCAGAUCCAUUGUAUGCAGGGGAAGCAUUUGAAAUGGAUAUACCAAUUAUAGAAAAUCCAUUUCAAAUUAUCGAGCUUGAUGAAUUUGAUUGGGAUGAAAGCCUAGGUAUUGCUCAUGAUGGAGUCAAGCGUAGUCUGGGGAUCAGCAAUAUUAUGAAGAGGUUUGAACCUAAGAGCAUGCAGCAGAAAGUGUGGUCUGCUGUGUUGAAUGAUGACUUGGACAUGCUGAAAAUCAUUCUGAAGAGUUUCGAACGUCAAAAAACCACUGCCAAAAGUUUGUUGAAGGCUACCGACGACUCCGGUCGGUCUGCUGUACACAUGGUUGCUGAAACAGGAAAUGUCGAGAUGCUGCAAGUACUAAUGGACCUGGACAUAGAUGCCACUGUCCCUGAGAGGAGUGGAGGGAAAACGCCCCUUCAUCUGGCUGCCCGUCGAGGUCAUGAGGCUGUUGUCAAUUUACUUGUCCAAGAGGCUGCCUCGUCCGUCGACACCCGAGACUGGAAAGGGCAAACAGCCUUGCAUUACGCAGCCUCUGCUGGCUGGUGUUCCAUCUGCGAAACACUCCUCGACGCAGAGUCUGAUGCUGAAACCCCUAAUCUGGAGGGAGAAACGCCCUUGGAGCUGGGAUUGGAGAAGAAUGGCAUAAGGGAGGUCUUUGCCAAGUACGUAGAGAGCCUGGACGAGAAGAUAUCCUUUUUGAAGAUAUCAAACAAUGAUGAAUACUAAUUUUUAAAGAAGGCUACCGUUUCCUGAAAAAUGUGAUGCGCUGAAAUUAAAUGUGAGCUUUUCUGGUCUCCUAUAAUGAGUAAAA